AUGACGAGCCCCAAAGCGCUGGCGCUAGACAAGGCGGGCGUGGUCAGCGCCAGCCGACUUCUUUCGCUGCCAGACGAGCUGCAGGAGAAGAUUCUGAUGCAAGCGGGAGCAGGAGGUUUUGGGGCGUAUGCGGCUUGUCAAGACCUCCGAGCCAAGUUCCAGCGUGCUAUACUGAUGCCGUCAACUGCGUCCAUCUAUUUUAUAUCGCGCUAUUCGCGCUCACGCACCGCUAUUGUCGGCGCUUACGUGUCAGUGCUAAAUCAUUUGCAAGGGGCCUUCCGGGAGCACGACGUCCUGCCGCUCGUGACGCGGCUGUCGAGCUUGGGCUGCGGCUUGUCACCACCAGUACUCACUCUGGCUGCGCGUGCGGGCCACCUGCCAGUCGUGCGGCACGUGCUCCACAUCCUAGCACCCACGCUUGCCGCCGCGGACCUGGCGAAGUCCCUUCUGGAGGGCGCAUGGCAUGGCCACGUCGAGGUGGUUGCGGCGCUGCUGGCUGCGCCGGUGCCGGGCAGCCACGCCGCCGCGGACGACAGCGCGGCGCUCUGCGCCGCCGCGCGCGGCCCCAGCGACGCUGCAGCUGUCGCCAUAACCGAGAUAUUGCUGGGUGCCGGCGCGGUGGUGCACUCCGUGGGCGCCAGCCGGGCGCUGGUGAUGGCGGUGGAGACGGGCAAGGAGGGGCUGGUGCGGCUGCUGCUCAGGGCGGGGGUGGACGCGGCCGCAUUCGACAGCGCGGCGUUGCAGGCAGCCUGUGAGCACAGUAGCAGCAGCGGUGCGCCGAAGGCCGGUGACGCAAGCAGCGGCGCCGGCGGCUCCACUGACAGCUCUGCAGCUCGGGGUGGAGGUGGAGCUGCCGCAGGGGUUGGCGGCAUGCCGGCACAAGGGGAGGUGUCAGAGGAUUGCAACCUGCGGCUGAUGACGACACUGCUGGACGCGGGCGCGAAUCCGCGGGCCUGCUACAGCCGCCCGCUGUACACAGUGGCCGAGCGCGAUGCGCUGGGCGCGCUGCAGCUGCUGCUGGCGCGUGGCGGCUACGGCCGCGACGCAAAGAGCCGCGCGAUGCGCGCCGCCGCCCGCAGUGGCGCGGCGGGCUCGGUGCAGCUGCUGCUGGCGGCGGGCGCGGACGUGCACAGCACCGAGGCGGGCGGCCAGUCGGCGCUGGACCUGGCGCUGCGGCACGGCCGCAUCGGCGUGGCGCGGGCGCUGCUGGCGGCGGGCUACGACCUGAGCGUGGCCUCGCGUGCCGUGAACGCGGUGGUGGCGGCGGCCGGCGCCACGACAUGCGCAGUCGCGGACGCGGCGGCGGAAGGGGAAGGGGUGGCGGCGGGAACGCAAGGGCCGUCUGGGACUGUGGUGGCGCCGGCUGCGCCGGCGGCGGGCGCGGCAGGGGAGCAGGGCGCGGCGGCGGCAGGCCCUGCGGAGGGUGGUGAAGCCACGGCGGGCGCGGGAGCGGGGUCCAGUGCUGCGCCGGGGUCUCCUCUGGGCGCGGCCGCGGGCUCUGGCGCUUUGGCUGAGGACUCUGCUCGUAGCUCGACGUCCUGGGAGGCGCUGCAGCUGUUGGUGGAAGCGGGCGUGGACCUACGUGGGCUGCUGGGCGGGGAGGCGCUGGUGGCGCUGGCGUGCGCCGGCGGCUCCGUACGCACGCUGGUGGCGGCGGGCGUUGAUGUGCGCAGGUAUGGCUCUCGGGCGCUGGUGGAGGCGGCGGCGGUGGCGCGUGGCCUGCCUGGCGUCACCACGGCUGUGAAAGAGCUGCUGGCGGCGGGCGUGACGCUGGGCCCGGAGGGGCAGCGCGCGGCGGGCCAGGCGCUGGAGGCGGCCAUCACCAACAGCAAUGUGCCAGCUGUGCAGGAGCUGCUGCGCAACGGCAACCUUGACCGGGGCGCCAUCACGCCCCGCGUGUUGCGCCUCGCCCGCCGCCUCAACAUGAACGAGGUGGUGCGCUUCGCGACGGGACAGGACACCGGCGCCGGCGCUGGCGCCGGCCCAAGCGGCUCCGCCGGCGACUGGAACGGCGCAAGCACGAGCACGGGGGCGGGGCCGUCCGACCCCGCUGCCGCAGCAUGGCUAGCUUACGGCGCCGGAGGCUCCGGCGCGGGCGCGGGUGCCGGCCGCCAUUGGCUCGGCGAGGUCAGUGAUGACGAGGAGGACUUGGACGAGGACGACGAUGGGGAAGGCAGCAGCGGCGGCAGCGGCAGCUGCCUGCACCGCCGGCCCAGCCUGUCGCCCUUCGGCUACAAGCGCAUUUACAAGUCGCUGAUGCGGCGGCGGUGCCAGCGCAUGGGCAAGGGCCUGGGGCUGGGCACGGGCCUGGGGCUGGGCCUGGGCACGGGCCUGGGCGAGCAACGUGGUGAGGACGACCUGGAGGCGGUGGAGCGGGCGCGGCGCUGGCGGCGUGCGGACACCGAGGCGCUGAGGGACCGGCUGAGGGAGUGGCGUGCACAGCGGGCCAGGGCGUGCGCGCUGCACCUGGGCCUGGAGGCCGCUGCAGCAACGAACGGUGGUGGUGGUGGUGGUGGUGGUGGCGGAGGUGGCGGGGCUGCUGGUGGCGCAGCGGGCGGCCCCGCAGCAGCCGGGCAUGUGGUGCAGCAGCCUGGCGCAGCGGCGGGCGGCGCGGCGGCGGCGCAGGGAGUGGUGCAGCGCCAGCAUGGGUCUGGACGGAGGGCUGCGGCAAUAGACAUUGUGGACCUGGUGAGCUCAGAUGACACUUCGGAUGACAUGGACGCAGAGGAGGGCAGCGGCGCGCCGCCACGGCAGCAGCAGCAGUAGCAGGAGUAAGGCAGGGCAGCAGUGCCGCAUGGGCGUGUCAAUGCGUGCGUCAGCAGAAGUGCUGAUUCCUCCAUUCUUGUCGGGACCUAUGCGAUUCAUACGGUAAUUGAUGAGGGGCCGUAUGCUAGUGCGGCUUGGUACCGGGUACUCGAGGCCCAGGUUUUGCAGGCGUGUACCGUCCCGCCGGGAAGUAUUUUUCAUAAUUCACUUUCUGGCGAUGAAAAAAACUUAUCUUGGAAAACUUUAAAUGCUAAAUCCUUGCGCCGUAGAAAAAACUUAGCGGCGGAAAAUUAAUUCCGAGGGGGCAGCAGGGGGCAACACCGUGCACGCAAGGGGAAGACACGCAGGCAAGAACGGUGCAUGAUGAUAGGGAACAGGCUCAGCAAAGCUACAGGUGGUCGCAGGUGGUCAGGUGCAUCAGAGACACGGGAGUGCAGUCAGGGGAAUGACGGGGUGCAUUUGGUUCAGUAGUUUUUGAUCCCUUAACAUGUGCCCGGGCCACGGGGGCACGGUAGGCACGGGUGCAGUGGCAAAGCGGCGGUGCAGUGCACGCGGCACGCACCAAUACCCGCAGCCUUGGAAAACUUGUCAAUUAAAUCCCGUGGAAAUAGAAAAUACUUCGCUAGAAAAUUUUUAAUAUAAUUCGCCAGCCACUAGAUAAAACUUAGCACCGGAAAGAACUUCCCGGCGGAACGGUACUACGACGAUGAGACACUAUUAGUAAGCGCGCGAACUAAUAUAUCAACGCAUUCACAUAUUCUAUGAGCAUGGUUGCGGAUGCUGCACAAGUGACGCAGCAUGUACAGCACCCUGUGAAGCGAUGCAUGCGGUGUCGUAUGUAGGGGUGACAAAUUAAGAGGCAUGCGUGCGCUUGACAUGCGUGGCGUCACAUGCUAACAUGAGGGAGAGGUACAGUAGCGGCGUUAUCUGUGGACCAGAGUGGGUUUGUGACCGAAGACCCAAAGCUUGGGGGCGCAGGCCUUGCAUGGCUACCGAAUCAGCUCACACAGCACGUAGUCACUUCAAUUGCGGCAGGGGAGAUGCGCGGUUUCUUAUGUGGCUGGUGCAAUGGCCCCGGCGGGCUGAAUAUACCUUGGCUUUCGGUGUGACGCUGAACCAAGGAAACUGUCUAUUUUGUUCAUC